GUACGUGCAUUUACUUAAUAAUCAGAAAUUAAAUAAUGUUUUUUUUUGUGUAGACCAAUGACUUUUAAAUAUUGGAAGAAAAGACAUGCCUUGUUCUCUAAGUUCGACCAAGGCAUUCUGUUGGACGAGGAGAGCUUUUACUCGGUCUGUCCCGAGUCACUUAGCUUGUACAUGGCGGAAAAGUGUGGCCAGGUGAAAGUGGCUGUGGACCCGUUUUGCGGCGCCGGCGGAAACAUAAUUCAGCUUGCCCGACUGUUCGACAAAGUCAUUGCAGUAGAUAUUGACGCCGACAAAAUAGUUAUGGCCAAGGAAAAUGCUGCUAUUUAUGGCGUACUGGAAAAGAUCGAAUUCGUUGUCGGAGACUUCUUCAAAUUGGCUAAUCAGAUAAAGGGUGAUGUUAUAGUCACAUCGCCGCCAUGGGGAGGUCCAGAAUACAACAAACUGGAUGUUAUCGGACCGUUAGCUUUGUGCAUGGAUAAGAUUCUGGAAGUGGGGAAAACGAUUGCCCCAAAAAUACUGUUACACCUUCCCAAAAACCUUGAUAAAAAUGAGUGUUGGAAAAUGUGCAACGGUGUUGGGGCCAGCCUUAGAAAAAUUGAAAAUGUCUUUAUAGACAGAUACCUCAACUCAACGUUGAUGUAUGUCCGGUCCAAUAAUGUAAGUUAUAAGUCACUGUGUAUUUAA